CUCUAUUAAUCCACAAGUCAUUUCAAUGGCGAUUCCCAAAGACAGUAGCUAGCACGGAUUUCACAUUGGCUAUUCUUCAUUAUACAUUUAGAUCCUAUCUAAUACAUUGCUCAUGGCAUCCUCAUUACGAAUUUACAACGGAAGAACAUGGACUCGUCUCCUUUCAUUUCAAAAAAGACAGCAGUUUCCAUGCUCAUUCCAUUUUUUUAUACAUACAACUUCAUAUGUCAGAGACAAAGAUUCAGUCUCUGGCUCAUAUUCUCAAAAUGAUAUUUUAGAGACUCGGCGGAACGCAAUAAGGGAGCGUAAGCCCAACUAUAGUGGGUGGUGGACAGAGAUCAUGAACCGCCGUACACCUCCGCAAUCUCUUCCCGAUCCAACUCUGAUACUCUCGACAGAUCAUGUCUUUAAAGGCCAGCCAUUAACAGCACCCUCGCCAGCGCAGCCGACCGAGAGUGAAGUAAAAAAGAGAUACAGCAAUACGUUGCCUACAGCUUCAAAGAAAAUAGAAAAUACUCUUCCUACUGCUGUCCCUACCGGAUCUGCUACAUUUGCAACGGGAUCAGUCUCCAGCUUGUCCAAGCCAACGAGCGAGUCAACAAUGUACCAUGGAUUCAAAAUACCGGUCAAGCCAACACCACCUGGUGCUGAGGAUUGUUGUAUGAGUGGUUGUGCGCAUUGCAUCUAUGACAUUUAUGAAGAAGAGCGACAAGAAUACAAACGUGAGCUUGCGAAAGUCCUUGAGGACAUCUCAAAAGCAGGUCUUCCGCCGCCACCCAGCGCUUCAGCCCACGGUUCAAAUGAUGGUGAUGGAAAUUCAAAGAAUGCUGAAGAUGACAUUGAUCCAGGCAUGAAGGCAUUCUUGGAACUGGAACGCAAAUUGAAGGGAUCAUGAAGCUUGGGGCAUUCUACAAGCAAAGAGGCAAAGAAGCAGAGAAGUUGACGAACGCUUCUUUGAUUCCGAUGGCAUGGAAAUAGACUUUAAUAUAUUCGCGAAUGUCGUAAAAUGAAACGACAGGAGAAUUGUACUAUAGUGAAC